UUUUCAUUAAUUUCCGAUGUUCAGUUAUAUCCACCUGAAGUUAUCCGUGUUGCUGACGCCGCUUUCUGUAACGAUUCAACUGAGAAACAAAUUGCUUUUCAGAAACGCGAAGAUGAAUAUGAUUAUUCAAAACCACUGAACGGUCAAAAGAGACGUCCGUUCGAGCAACAUUGGCGUAAGCACACACUUACCAAGCAGGAUCCUCUAACUGGGCAGAUCACACUCGACUACAGACCCGUCAUUGAUGCAACGUUGGAUCCAUCUGAAGUUCAGACGAUACCACCCAAAAUCAGAUCUUAUUAG